GGUUGAGGAGGGGCAGAUGGGUGGGUACGGGAGUUGCAGGUUUCUGCGGAGGAUUAAGAAGAAGAUGAUGAAUAAAGGAAGGGUCCACAUAUUUUGAGAGAGAAAGGAGACCUGUUCCGUUUCCUUCGAUUUAACUCUUUAUUCGUGUCGCCUCAAGAGAUAUGUCGAGACGAUAAUUACGCUGCCCCAGCACAGCUGAUCCCGCAAAACCUCAACCUUAGUAUGUCGGAAUCAGUUGAAGAGAGCACUGACUACCAAGUGUCACUGUUUCCGUGCAGCAAUCCACCCUGAGCUACGUGCAACCUCACACCUGUGUCCACAACCCUCGCAUUCGUUUCAAAAUCUUACUUCAUUCCUUAAAAUGCAAUAGAGAUCUGGUGUUUAGUGCUUCUAAAAUCAAACGAGAGAGAUUGGCAAAUGGCAAUAAUGGAGACUGUGGCAAGACAGGCGCCUGUAACAGCUGAACGAAGGGUCCGAAGCGACUUGGAGUACAGCCUCCCCAAGCCCUACAUGCCAAGGGCUUUGGCUGCGCCAGAUACAGAGCACGCAAGUGGGACAUGGGGUCACAACCAUUACGACAUGAGCGUCCUUCAACAACACGCAGCUUUCUUCGAUCGAGACAACAAUGGCAUCAUCUAUCCUUGGGAAACUUAUGCAGGACUUCGUGCAAUUGGGUUCAAUAUGAUCGCAUCAUUGGUGUUGGCCAUCGUCACUAAUGUUGCCUUGAGUUACCCAACCUUGCCUGGGUGGAUUCCAUCUCCUUUCUUUCCCAUUUACGUUCACAAAAUUCACAAAGCUAAGCAUGGAAGUGAUUCGGGAACUUAUGACACUGAAGGAAGGUAUGUUCCAGUGAAUCUGGAGAACAUUUUCAGCAAGUUUGCGCGUACAGUUCCUGAUAAAUUGACGUUUGGAGAGAUAUGGAACAUGACGGAAGCCAACAGGGUCGUCUUUGAUUUCUUUGGCUGGAUUGCAAGUAAGAUAGAAUGGGGAGUUCUGUAUUUUCUUGCAAGAGACGAAGAGGGUUUCUUAUCCAAAGAAGCUGUGAGGCGCUGCUUCGAUGGUAGCUUAUUCGAUUACUGUGCUAAGAUACAGAGAAAAGUUAAUAAGAUGGGCUAAUCUAAUGUACUAUGACGAACCUACUAGUGGAUGCAUAAAAUAUUGAAAUUUGAUCUUUCUGUACAGACAAUUUCAAUGUCUCAGCUGCUCGGAUUUGCAGCUUCAUGCUUCAGCUUCCAAUAAACAAAUGAGAGAUGACUGUAAUUUUUUUUUUU